AUGUCUAUUCAACAAGGAAAUGCAGAGGCUAAAGAUAUUGAAGCUGAAGCAGGUUUUUGUUGUCUCUAUGACCUCUUAAGAAGGGAAACCUCAUCCAACUGGGGUCAAGACUCGGGCGAAUGGAAAGAUUAUAACUCAUGUCCAAGAGAGAGGCUGGAAAGCUUGUUAACUGAAGCUGGGAAUAAAUUUUGUGCAGAUUGUGGAUCACCAGAUCCCAAGUGGGUGUCUGUGAGCAUUGGAGCUUUCAUUUGUAUAAAAUGCUCUGGCGUACACAGAAGCCUUGGAGUGCAUAUAUCAAAGGUAUUGUCGGUUAAACUUGACGAGUGGUCCCAUGAGCAAGUUGAUGCCUUGAUCGAGAUGGGUGGAAACACUGCCGUGAACUUGAAAUACGAAGCUCACAUUCCUGAUAAUGUCAAAAAACCGAAGCCUGAUUCCUCUGCCGAGGAACGCGCUGAUUUUAUAAGGAGAAAAUACGAGCUGCAUCAGUUUUCAAACUGUGAUUUAACUCUGGCUUGCCCAUUUCCAUCUCCAUUAUCGUCCUCCAACUGCACUUCCUCAGUCUGUAGUUUUCAGUCGGACCCUGAGAAGAAACACUAUGAAAAACAAACGACGGGUCAUCGUAAACAAGGUCUAGGGCACGCGUUUCGUAACAGCUGGAGGAGAACAGAACACAAGCCAACAAAGAAAACUAACUCAAUGGCAGGUAUGGUCGAAUUUGUAGGAUUGAUUAAGGUUAAUAUAGUGAGGGGCACCAACUUGGCUAUACGUGAUAUGGUGACGAGUGAUCCAUACGUCAUCCUCACCUUGGGAAAUCAGUCGAUGAAGACACGGGUUAUAAAGAAUAAUCUGAACCCAGUUUGGAAUGAAAGUCUAAUGUUGUCAAUCCCAGAAAGUAUACCUCCUCUGAAGUUGCUUGUUUACGACAAGGAUACAUUCUCGACUGAUGAUUUCAUGGGGAAUGCUGAGAUCGACAUUCAGCCCUUACUCUCGGCUGCCAAGGCUUCGGAAUCGUCCUCGAUCAGCGAGUCAACACUGCUCGGAAAAUGGAAAGCAGGACAAGACAACACGCUCGUCAAGGAUGGAGUCAUCAUCCUCGAGGAUGGUCGAGUGAAACAAGAAAUCUCGAUCAAGUUGCAGAAUGUGGAGCGUGGUGUGCUCGAGAUCGAGCUCGAGUGCGUGCCUCUUACACAGUAG